AUGGGCCCGGGGGCGGGGCUGGAGCUCCGGGGGCGGAGCUAUGUGCUCCAUGGGCGGGGCUAUGGGCCCGGGGGCGGGGCUAUGGGCCCGGGGGCGGGGCGGGGGCUCCGCGGGCGGAGCUAUGGGCCCGGGGGCGGGGCUGGGGCUCCGACCACGUGCAGCUCUGGGAGGCAGGACGCACUGGGCGCCGGGAAACCUGUGGGGGCCCUGGGAGCAGCGGGAGCUCGGGUCCCUGCGGCCACGCCAGCAGCACCCCUGCCCGGAGUCAGCACAGAGGGGACGGGGGGGCUGCCCCCCGACUCCCUGGCCCCCCUGCCCGCCUGCCUCGGCGGGGACGUGACCCUGCGCUGUCCUCCACCCUCCGACCCGGAGGCACCUGCAGCUCAGCGACCGGCCCCCACAGGCGCUUGCCAACCCCUGCGGCUGUUCGUGUCACUCGGGACCAGGUCGGGCCCGCCCAGCAUGGUCUCCCUCUCCAUUAACUCCAAGGUGACCGACUGGGGCACCUUGACCACAUCUGAAAAGCCCCCGCCCCAACUUUACCAAAUCCUGCCCACACUCGGGAGCUCCCAGUAUGUCAUGGGAGCCAGGGGCCGGGGGGCAGGAAUCUGGGGUCCACCUAGAAUUCUGGUCCUCUUCGGGAAGCCAAAGCGUGCGGGUCCGUGUCGCGGGCGGACCCUGGGGUUUCCGGCGCCCGCGGGACGUCCCAGCAGGGAGCAAGCGGGGCCCGCGUCCUGGCCGUCCGAUCGCCACGGCGCCCUGUUCCAGCAGCGGGACGCCUGGGUGCAAGCAGGGCCCGACGGGAUCACCCGGGAAGACCGACGUCGGCCCGUGACCGUGUGCGUGCGUACAGCGCUGCAGCCGCUCACCCGCCGGGAGAACCUGGCCUACGGCCCCUUGCAAGGUCCGGCUCCUCCGACCUACGACCAACCCGAGAGGAGCCGCUGGAGGCCAGCCCCCGAGGGCCCAGCCGGGGCAGAGCCCGGCCAACCCCGGGGCCUUUGCACCUGCCGCACCCUUGCCAGGUGGCUCCACCACAAGUGCCCCUUCAGCGCCCCCCUCAACCCCGUGGAGUCUGGAUCUCAGCUGGGCCGCUGUGCACCUCCCUGGGGGGCAGGGGGCAAUCGAAGCGGGCAGCCGCGAGAUCACCUGCACUGGCUGCUCACAGCCGCGACGGAGGUGGAAACGGACCGAGUGUCCGGCAACGGACAGCGCACGGGCACGUCCCCGGCCGCCGGCAGGAGCGAGGCCCCCACCCGCCCCGGGGACGGACCCCGAGCCCCCGACGCUCGGGGAGGGAACCGGACACAGCAGGCCCCACGGGGCCGUCGUGCCCCGGGCCCCGCCUGCCCACAGGAGCCUUCCUCCCUGCAGGAGGCUGAGCCAUACCCACCGUGGCCACGGGCCACGUCUUUGUCCAGCGAGGUCGCAGGGCGCCGAGGCUCCUCCACGGGCGGCUGCCACUCGGGUCCCCGUGUCCUUUGGGGUGAGGCCGGCAGUGCCCUUGCCAGGCCAAGGGGCGCCUGGGCCACCUGGUUGAGGCGCCCCCGCCAUGUGCCCGGCAGCCCGGCCUACACGCCCUCCGGUGGCCGCCACCUGCGUCCCGGCUCUUGCAGAUCCUCCCCGGGCCGCUCUCAGGCCCCCUCCCAGAGCGCAGCCGGGGCCUCCCCGGGCCGCUUCCCUGUGGCCCAGUGCUGGGGACAGAGACAAGGACGCUCUGUUCCAGCAGCGGGGGCCGCGGGGCCUCAGGACGGCGCCCGAGAGCGGCGUGGGCCUCGAGCACUCGCCCCCUGGGAGGAGCACCCAAGCAGCCGCCACCCCUCGGCCCUGCGGAGCCACAGCAGCUGGGGAUGCAGCAUCUCCCCCCCCAGGGAGCGAGGCCUGCGCAUCCGCUGCCCGAAGGCCGGGGACCAGGAGGGGGCCAGGUGGGGGCCUGGGGCCACGGGAGCGGCUGCCCACGGCCAGGGAUCAGGUCCCGUGGGCGCGGCGCGGUCCCCGCAUUUCCAGGGAGCGGCGACACAUGUCUUCAGGUCGGGGCAGGAGGAGGCCGGGCUCCUUCCUGGGGCGGUGCGGGCGGUGGGCCGGUGCCCCGGUGCCCUCGGGCCGGGCUCGCGGCUGCCCCCCCAUCUGCGCCACGUCAGCCGGCGCUUCUCCCGGCCUCUGUGUCCACAGUCCCCUCACGAGGUCUCCAGCCAUCCUCGGGGCCACCCUGCUCGGCGGGACCUCGCUGCCAAGGGUCACUGCCCUGGCUCCGUGCGUCGUCCACGUCCCGCGGCCCAGCCGACGUCCCACGCAGGCGCCGAGUCUCCGGCCUGCGGCUCCGCCAUCCGCACCUUGACAGAGAAAGCCCGGCCCAGGCCUGGGUGCCGCGAGGGGGGCCCUGGGACAGAGGGGGACACGGGCGCCGAGGGGGCGGCAGCAGGAACGCCGGGCGUGGAGGACGGGAGCCCCGGACAGGGCCGCAGGGAACGUCCUCCGAGGUUCCUCAAAGGGCUCCGUGUUCUCCAGGGCCGCCCGCCCAGGGGGUCUUCAGGGGGACGGCGCGGGAGUCGUGGUGGCCGUGGGCCACCGUCCUCGUGCUUCCCUCCCCGUGUGGCCUCCCCCCGGCCCCGUCCAGCCCAGGCCGCUCUCGCCCGCCUCUGGGACCCUCCCCUCAGAACGACGUCCAGCGACGGGGACCCCAAGGCCGCGCCCUCCCCUGGUGACCGUGCGGCCUCCAGAGCCUACGGCUGCCGAGCCGGCGUGCGCCCCACCAUCGUCACCACGACACACCCCGCGGGGCCGGCGACCAGCUCGCCGGGCGCUGUGGGUCAAACCCCGGGCCCCGAUCUUCGGGAUUGUGGGUUUGCGAAGUCGCCCCCGCCCUGGAGCUCGUGCGCGGGGAGAGCGAAGCGUGCGGGUCCCAAAGCCUCCGAGGCCUGUGGCCCGAGCGCCCCUGGGCGCCGCCUGCUGAGCCCCUUGCUGCUCCCCGAGCGCUGCCCGGGGCUCUGGUCGCAGCUGGUCACCGGUCUGAACGCACUUGUCCUGGGCACACACCAGGGUGCUCGGCUGGCGCCGCGGGACGGGACGGGACGGGACGCAGGCAACCCCGUGAGGGGACCCCAGGCCUUCCCGCGGGCUCACCCGCCCCCCACGGCCUUUGAGCUUCACACGCAGGGUUUCUGA